AUGACAACCCUGCUCGAGUACACCCAAGUCGAACUCCUGACCCUCAGCGGCCCCGAAUUCCGCCGAGUGUCAACUGCUCCUCCGCGCCCACCAACUGAGGAUGAGAUUCCUAUCAUAGAUCUCGCUAGUAUCGACAAGGAUUUGGAAGCGAGGAAGACCAUCGCGUCCAAGGUCAGGGUAGCGGCCGAAAGCACGGGGUUCUUCUAUAUCAAAAAUCACGGCAUCUCCGAAGAGCUUAUUGAGAAUGCCCUUUCCCAAGCAAAAGCUUUCUUCGACCAGCCGAUCGAAAAGAAACAGCUAGCAUCAAGCAAGAUCCAAAACAACACAGAUGGAUGGCAUGGGUUGGGGACUACCCAAAUUAACAAAACCGAAACAAGGGAUCACAAAGAGUCAUUCUCUCUGCGCUACAAUCCUAAGAACGAUCCAACCGUCUCUGACCCGGACGCGCUGUCUAUCGAGGAUGCCUUCGCAUGGGAUACAACCAGCCAUCUCCCGGGGUUCCACGAAACAACAAUUGAAUUCUACCAGCGUCGCCUCAUGCUCGCGCGCAAGAUAAUCCGUAUCUUCGCUCUCGCUCUAGACAUGCCAGAAGACUACUUCGAUGCGGUGACCACGAGCCCCGGCGCAGACGGGCUUUACAUACACUACCCCCCUGCACCAGCCAAUACACUCGAGGAGAACAAUGCGAAUGUUGAUGUCGGCAUCGGCUCGCAUACCGAUAUCCAAUGUGUCACUCUUCUGUGGCAGGAUAUGUCUGGCGGUUUGCAGGUCUUGUCUGCUAGUGAUGAGUGGCUCGAUGCGAGGCCUAUACCGGGCACGCUCGUGGUUAAUAUUGGCGACUUCCUGCAGCGUCUUUCUAAUAAUAGGUUCAAGUCUACAGUGCAUAGGGUCUAUAAUCGCCAGCCUACUUCUAGGUACUCGAUGCCUUUCUUCCUGGGCUUCAAUCCGGAUACGGUUUGUAAGGUUGUGCCCUCGUGUAUUGAUGAGACUCAUCCUGCGCUUUAUGAGCCUAUCUCUUGCGGAAAAUGGCAUCGAAACCGAAUUGAACUCGCACAUGGAAAGCCCAUUUCUGCUUGA